GAUUCGGAAGACGACACUUGAAAGCGGAUGUACGAAUUAGGUAUAAUAUAGACCAUCGCCCUACAAUAUCUUGUUAUCGUGUCUUGUUAGAAGCAGUCAAGAUGAAGUAUGAAUUGUUUCUUCUAGUUUGUGUGAUCACUAUUACCAAUGCUUGGUUUUUAAACACAGAGAGAAUAGUGAAUUCUGAAAGAGAAAUAGAAGGACAGUGUCAAACACAUGGAAGUGAAGGCAGCUGUGAAUUCUAUAAUUGUUUUGAGAGGAGAUUUCCAUGCAGAGCUAGAGGAUAUAUGUUAAGAUUUGGUUCACAUUAUUGUAGAAGAUUUGAAGACGUAGAUUCUUACAGGCACAGAUUUACGCCAGAGGGUCAAGAAUUUCUCACUGUGUCACAACAAUGUAUGACUCGGAAACUAUCUGAACGUUUCUAUGGAAAUGAGGAAGUAAAUUGUCAUGAUCUAAGCCAUGAAGCCUUUAACAUCAUGGGUGACUGUUAUCUAGACAGUGGUUUCUGUGAUAUAUUUUGGGACAACAAGGGAGCCUUCUCUAAAGUGUUCGAAGCUAGAGAUCUCUUCGACUCUGCAUCCUUCAAAAUCUGGAGAGAAAUUGGUAAAUUAAGUGCAAGAUGUGGAGGUCAAUCUGCUAGUAGUUUUUUCUCAUAUAUCACACAAAAACUUAUGAAUCUCGGUAAUUAACGUUUUGAUAUCCAGUGUGAUAAAACCUCUAAAUGUUUUCCUUUACCCUCUUUACAAAACUUUUUAUUUUGUAAAAAAAAAAAAUGUUAUCAUAAAAGGAUCUAUUAUAUCAAGAACAAUCUUUAAUUUUUCUAAUAAAAUACAUCUUCAAAUUG